AUGGGCGACACAGGUGUAUACCUCGCUCGCAGCCCAAACCUAUGCAAACAGAAUAGUCCGGCCGUGUCUUUCUCCACCUCAAGCGUUUCUCUCCAGCUCCAAACCCUCGAUAUGGACAGUUCCAAAUCAGCCGCUCGAAAACCUCCCCGAAUUGACGGCGUCAGCUCGUCGAACUGUCACGAGAAGUAUGGUGGAACUACGGAGGAAGAAACACCAUUCUGGGCACCUGCUCACGAGCGCUUCUCAACUUGCGAGAUGAGCGCAUACGAUCUGGCAGCACCGCCUCCCACAGUCUCCUACUCAAACGCCGAAUACCUCGCUGACCGCCUCUUCUCGGCAGAGCACCUCAAUCUCAUCCUGAAGAACCCUGUGUAUUUUCACCAAUUCCGGAGUUUCCUGAACAGUUAUCGACCUCAGUCAGUACCAACCCUUGUCCAGUACCUGGACUCCCAGAAAGCACUCACCGCCAUCCGAUACGCAAACUCCCUGGCAGACCAGAUAUCUCUGUUAUCUUGCCGAUCUAGUUCCAGGAGUGAGGCGGCAGUGGUGGACGUCAAGUUUGAAAAAUUAUUCCGGCGCUCGUUUGACAAACUGGUCAGCGAUGCUUUACCGGCGUACAUCACGUACAGACUAGUAGAUGUUGUGACGGAUUGUUUGAUCAGGGAGAUUACAGGUACCAGCUCGCCGAUGAUGCGAGACUUGGUGCAAGGAUUGGCAGAGGUGUAUUGUCUUUCAGAUCCCUCGUUGCCGGAUAACCCGAUCGUGUUUGCGUCAGAAGGAUUCUACAAUACCACCCAAUACGGACAAGAUUAUGUGAUUGGGAAAAACUGUCGCUUCCUACAAGGACCGAAGACUCAAAAGCAUGCCGUAAAACGCAUCGCCGAAGCGGUCUCCAAGGGGCAGGAAAUCAGUGAAAUUCUACUCAAUUAUCGUCGCGAUGGCAGUCCGUUCUUGAAUCUUGUAAUGACAGCACCACUUAUGGACCACCGUGGUGCCGCUCGAUAUUUCAUUGGUUGUCAAAUCGACAUCAGUCAUCUAAUGGAAGGGGGCAGAGGCCUUGAAUCGUUUGAACAACUCCUCAACGAUCAGGAGAUGGUCAUGAAGCCGGUUUCGGAACCUCUUAUUCGCCAGUCACCGCUCGAGGUCUUGAAGGAGCUAAGCAUACUACUCAAUGAUGAAGAAUUAGAAAUCGUAAAACAUCGGAAUCGGGUUCGAAGGAACUCUAUUGAGUCAAACUGCAACACUAGCACGCGUGCUGUUCGCACUCCGAUCCCUCGGAUAUUGGUAGGCAUGGACACCACGUUCAAUUCCGCGUAUCUACCCUCGAGACAAUUUGGUCGGUCGGGCAGGUUACCCGGAGUAUACCAGAACUACAUACUGGUUCGGCCUUUUCCGUCGCUUCGGAUUAUUUUCACUUCAGAAUCACUCCGCAUCCCCGGGCUCUCUCAGUCCCGUCUAAUGGACCGAAUUGGCGGCCCCUUGCACGUCCGCGAAAGUCUCCUCGACGCCUUCGCAUCUGGCGUCGGUGUCACCGCCAAGAUCUCUUGGCUAACCCAACCCAUAAACCGAACGCCCUCAUAUACGCAACUCAACUCCCGCUACAACCGGAACUCGGACGCCUCAGACAGCAUAUCCGACUCCGAGAUCAUCGAAGGCAAGCCCCGCUGGAUUCACUGCACCCCGCUCCUGGGCUCCGACUCUAAGCCCGGCGUCUUCAUGAUCGUCAUGGUGAACAAGGAAGUUGCGGGAGCGUUAAAUCCAGUGGGUCCCGUGCCGGCGAGUAGGCCCAUGCGGUCGAUGGAUAAUAUGCGCGAUGCGUGGUCGCAGCGCGCAGCGGGCGUUGGGACCACAAGCAGAAAGCUCAGCUCUGCAAAUCUGUAUGCCGAUUAUCUGAGAAGUCAGGGGCAAAAGGUAGCAUCACCAUCGAUCGACAGCAGGAGUCUGGUGGAUGAGUAG